AGUCAACAGGCAAACCAGUUAACAUCUUACAGUAAAACUGCUGGAUGAGUUACAAACAAAUAGAGAUUAAAAGAGAAAUCAGGUUUAUUGAUUGUAAACAAUAACAGUGAUUUUUGCCUUAACAUAACAAAUAAUAAAUCAGCUCCGUGUUUCUAAGAAUGUCAGUAAAAGUGAAUGUGAUAAUCUGUGUGUCGAGGAGAUGAAAGACGUCAAACAUUCACCUAAAUGACAUAAGUGCAGCCAAUAACAGUAUGAGUUCCUCCCCCAGACGUUUACUGGAGUGCUGCCACUUCACAAGAUUUACACAGCCGUCUUUACAUUCACUAAACUCGCUGGAAAUAUUCCCACAAUCUCCGCUUCAGUUGGGAUUUGAUCUCUGCUGACUCUUCCGAUUGAGCGGACAGGACUUUAUCACCAUGACCAAAGAAUCCCGUCCGUCCUGGGACAGUCCCGUGCAGUUUGUCCUGGCUUGUGUGUCCUAUGCAGUCGGUCUUGGGAAUGUCUGGCGUUUUCCAUACCUCUGCCAAAUGCAUGGGGGAGGUGGAUUUCUGAUUCCUUAUCUGUUGAUGUUGGUUUUGGAGGGAAUUCCUCUCUUCUGUAUGGAGUUGGCGAUCGGUCAGAGGAUGCGUCAGGGCAGCAUUGGGGCGUGGACGGCCAUCAGCCCGUAUCUGGGUGGACUGGGCUUUGCCAGCGUUGUGGCAUCACUUUACUUAUGUCUGUACUACAACAUCAUCAAUGCCUGGAGCUUUUGGUAUCUCUUUCAUUCAUUUCAGUCAGUGUUGCCCUGGUCCCAGUGUCCCAUCAACAUAAACCAGACCGGAUAUCUGGAGGAAUGUGAAGUGUCUUCAUCCACAGAGUAUUUCUUUUACCGCGAGACUCUGAACAUCUCCUCCUCUAUAGAUGAGAACGGUGGGAUUCAUAUGGGACUGGCGCUCUGUCUCCUGCUGGCGUGGGUCAUAGUUUUUCUCUUCAUCGUCCGUGGGGUCAAGUCCACAGGAAUGGUUGUGUAUUUUACAGCUACAUUUCCGUAUGUAGUUCUCAUCAUAUAUCUGAUUCGUGGGAUCACUCUUCACGGGGCCUGGAACGGAGUCAAAUACAUGUUUACACCUAAAUUGGAGCAGUUAGCCAAUCCUCAGGCUUGGAUUAAUGCGGCCACACAGAUCUUCUUCUCUCUGGGUUUGGGUUUUGGUUCUCUGAUCGCGUUUGCCAGCUAUAAUCAUCAGAAUAAUAACUUUGAGAGGCAGGCGGUGGUUGUGUCUCUGAUCAACAGCGGCACUUCAGUGUUUGCAAGUGUUGUCACGUUCGCCAUCUACGGAUUUAAAGCCACGUUUAACUAUGAAAGCUGUUUGGAAAGGACGAGAUUGUUACUGUUGAACACAUUUGAUCUGUCUGAGAGUGAGAUCACCGCUGAUAAUGUGAGCGUCUGGAUCUCUUUACUGAAUCACACCAGACCUGAGGAGUUUGCAGCUAUCGCUUCAAAAAUAGAAAACUGUAAUCUGGAGUCUGAACUGGACACGGCGGUUGAGGGCACAGGUUUGGCCUUUAUUGUGUACAGUGAGGCCAUUAAGAACAUGCCCGUGUCUCAGAUCUGGUCUGUCCUCUACUUCAUCAUGUUACUGUUGUUAGGAAUGGGAAGCAUGCUGGGUAACGUCACAGCCAUCAUCACCCCGCUGGGUGACCUUAAGUUCCUGUCAAAGAGAUUCAGCAAUGAGACCAUCAACGGUGUGGUGUGUCUUGUCUGUCUUCUGCUGGGUUUUGGCUUCACCACGCGCUCAGGCAGUUACUGGUUCACUAUAUUUAAUGAUUACGGAGCGACGCUGUCUCUGCUCUUCAUCGUUUUCUUUGAAGUCAUCAGCGUCUGCUGUGUCUAUGGAAUUAAAAGGUUUGAAAAAGACUUUGAGGAUAUGUUGGGCCAUCGGCCGAACUGGUACUGGAGAGUGAUGUGGGCAGUGGUGAGCCCGGUUCUCCUCAUCGGCCUCUUCAUCUUUUACAUCAUCAACUACAUCCAGGGCGGGACACCCACCUAUCAGGCCUGGGACAAAGAUCUAGGUAAAUCAGUGAUGAAGGAAUAUCCUCCGUAUGGUCAGGCGUUCAUAGCUCUGCUUCUGUUGUCUGCUGUAAGCUGCGUCCCUCUGGUGGCUCUUUAUGAACUCUGUAAGAGAAAACGGCGAGGACAGCCGAUCCGUGAGCGUCAGAUCAUCACUACAGUCUCAUCUGGACUUUAACCUGAUUCAGAUCAACUGCUGUCUAACACUAAUCACAAAAUAUAUUUGUGUUCAUCAGUCCGUAAGUGCUGUGUAUAUUUAGAAACAUAGAAACAUAUUGUACGUGUUUUUAUCAAUGUAAAUGUUUAAAAAACACCUUAAUAACAUGAUAAGAAAAAUCUAACUUGCAUCCAGUAACAUUAACAGAGAUAUAAGAGUUUAUUCUUGAUGGCACUCUUUCCCCGCCAGCGUUUAAAAAAAGUUGCCAGCAGGCACCAGCAUUUUUUUUUAUUUUUUUAAUGUCUUACAGAACAUUUUCUUCUUUAAAUAUAUAAACAUAUGUCAAGUGAUUCAAAUAUUGAAUCUAGAUUAAUCGCAUGACUGUCAUGAGUUAACUCGCGAAUAAUCACACAUUUUUAUCUGUUCUAAAUUUCCCUUAACACUUUUCAAGUUUUUAAUCCUUGAAUCAACAUGGGCAUGGACAGAUGCUUCAUGCAAAUAUAUGCCUGUUUACAUUUUCAACAGAACCAUCAGACAUUGUUUCUAUAUAUUGUUUUCUUUCCAAAGACCCGUUUCUUUCUCAUUUCUGUUUGCUGCUGCAUCAUUUGAGACUCAUGCUGGUAAAUUGAGUUGAAAUGAGUACAUUUUCACAAAUGAGUUAUUUAUAUUUUGACAUUCUCUAUUAAAAAACAAUGAUUUGUUGAAAUCUGACAAAACAUGCUGAGCUACAGCUUUUUGAAGGUGACAGAGUCAGCAAAGUUCAUUUUGAGCAAAAUACAAAAUUACCACAAAAAUUACCACAUCCAUACCUUAAAAUCACUGUAAAACUAAUAGAUUUAGCACACACAAAGUCAAAAACAAUAUUAAUAUAUGUUCGGCUUUUUUCUUUCUUUUAUUGUUUGAUUGACAUUGAGACCGACCGCUUUAAGAUCUACUGUAAUGCAAGGAUCUAAUAUAAUCUUACACAUCAGAUCCCCAACAGUUAACCAAACA